AGGUGCUCCAGCUGCAGCAGGACGCUCACGCCCGAGGUCCGCCCGGCGCCGCGCCGCCGCAGCAGCUGGCGGCCUCCUUCGAGCCGCCGCCCCGCCGCGAGCUGGUGGCCUCCUUCGAGCCGCCACCGCCGCCGCAGCCCGCCCCAGCCGUAGGCCCCGCCAGCGAGGAGGACGAGGGUGCCGACGCGGCGCGGAUGCGACGGGAGGUGCAGCGGCUGCGCCUGCGGGUGGAGGACCUCGAGGCCCACGUGGCCCAGGACGCCAAGGCCGAGCACGUCAAGGCCUUGGAGCAGCAGGUGACCGUGCUGCGCUCGAAGCUCUCCAGCGCCGAGCUUGACGAGAGCGGGUUGCAGCAAGAGCCCCUGGCCGCGGCGCCCAGGCCGCGGCUGGCCCCGCAGUUCUCCUUCUCCUCCCUGCAGCAGCCGAACGGCAGCUCCGCGGCGCCGCCGUGCAGCGCAGGCGACGAGGGCAGGCCCCAUGCCGGCUUCCCGCCACGCCGCGAGGCUGGGCCUGGGAGGCCCGUGGCCCCCCCGCCCGUGCUCCGCUCCGAGAGCAUGCCGACCUUGGAGGCGCUGCCGAAGGGGUAUUCCUGGGGCCAGAGGUACGUGCUGCCAGACGACCGGGCGGCGCCGUCGCCAUACCGGCACGCCCAGUCCGUCGGGGACGGUGCGAGCUCGAUCGGCGAGCUCCAGACAUACCGCUCCGCGGUGAGGGUGGACCGCCGGGACCCAGACUGGCAGAGGGACCGCCGAGAGCCCGGCGGCUUGGGCGGGCGCGUCCGCGUCGCGAUGCCCGAGGAGGCGCUGUUUCCGCCUGGGCCCCUGCCCCAGCAGGCUGGCUGGGACGACAGCGUGUCGGAGGGCGCAGAGACGGGGGGGCGCAGGCAGUCGAAGGACCUCCUGUCGGAGAUGAGGAGGUUAAGGCUGCAGAUGAGCGAGCUGGAGCGAGUCGCGGGCAGCCCUGCGGGCCACGCCAGCAAGCAGCACCCGCAGCGGGCGGCCACUGAGCCCCGCGCAGUGUGGGGACACGCCGGCGGGGAGGGCGCGGCGCUGAACGGCAGCGCACUGUCCUCGCACGCCGCCGCCGGCCCGAGCGGCGCUUUCCGAGCGCGAGACGGCCUCGACUUUGACGAGCGCACCUCCCCAGCGAAGUCGACGCUCUCCGACGAUCGCAGCCACGUGGACUACGCCGGCUGGCAAUACCGCGCGCACGCCGGAGACCCCCUUGACGCGGCGAUUGCCGCGCUGGUCAACAGGCCUGGCCGGUACAGCGGCUGGCGUGCAAUGCUGUGCCGGCUGGACCAGGGCCUGUACUUGUGCGGCACGCGGCGGGUGCGGCUGCGGGUGGACGAUGACGCCAGGGAGCAGAUCAAGGCGUCCGGCGAUGACGGCAGGUCUUGGAUGGAUCUGGGUGAUCUGAUGAACGGCGCGGAGGGGUCGCAGCACGCCCUGCUCGAGAGAGUCCGCUCCGCCGUGCGGUCGCGGUGAGGCUCCCAAGUCCUAUGGCCUUUCGUCGCUCGCCCUCCUCUCCCGCGGGCGUGCGAUGGGGAGGAGCUGCAGCGCCCAGAUCUCAAAGUCUUGGCUCCCUCUUGGCCGGCCGGCUCCCACCUCACUGCCCAGCUAAUUAACACCACGUCUUGGUGCACGGCCACAUCCUCCCGUCGCAGCGGCGCGUGGUCCCUCGCGCAUGCAAGGCGCCCACGGCGAGGAUGCGCCAGUGUCGGCCACGGCGGUCCGGCGCUCCCGCCCCUCGGGCCUGCAUCGUCUGGAGGUUGGCUGCAGGCCUCCUGCAUCGUCUGGAGGUUGGCUGCAGGCCUCCCCAACGUUGUCUCAACUCGCCCUGCUCGGACUCUAGCGCCCUCGGUAUGCAUCCCCCUGCCCCGUGGCCCGGCUGCGCUGUCCGCCGUCGGCGGCUCCCGACCCGACCCGUGGACCGCGUCAGCGCACCCCAACAAAAACACAUUGGUUACGGCCCCUGCGCGCAGCCCGAUUGCUUGCCGAACAACGUAAGAUCUCGUUUUCGAUGUUCUCCUCCAGCUCCUCGUCCUCCUCUUGCUGCCGCUCCCCCUCAUCCUGAGGUUAAUCCAUCUUCCUGGUGCUGCUGCUUCUUCUCCUCAUCCUCCGCUAUAUCCUGUCGCCAUGCCUGCGGGUGCGUGCUCACCAGGGGCGCGGUCGUCGGCAACUUCUUUGGGCAUCUAACGUUCACUUGGUUGCCAAUCCAGCUACAAGCAUCUACAGGCAGCGUGGGGGCAGGACUGGCGAGAAAAGGCGCAUGAGGAUCCCAAUGCAGUUCAACGAUCCAAGGCAAACGCGUCGUGGAGGCUGGCUCAAUGGGGCCUACUCGUGUGCACGCAGUUCAGUCGCCGACCUCCCCUUGCUGCGCGAACGGCGGAGUUACUGCAGACUUCGACAUUGCAUGGAUCCGCCCGGUUCUCGGUCCGAGAUCGGCUCGCGCAUCGCUCCCCUGAGUUUCCCCAGCCGUUUCUCCAGAGUUCGUCCGCACGCAGAGUUUCCGUUGGCGUGCCCUCGUGGUCGGGAUAAGUCUCUCCUCAAACGCGCUCUGCGCUUGCCGCAUGGAUAUCGUGUGCUAGGUGGCGUCGGG